UUGCUUGUUAUCCAAAUGUGGUCUACAUUUUUUGCAACUAUUCACAUAUGCGUGGGUUUCACAAUGGGAUCCCUAAAUUGUCCUACUGAGAAUUCGCAUCCACUCAAGUUCCAUUUGGUUCGUCAUUGCCAAAGAGCUUCGGCGCAUGAUGCGCUUGCUCUCGAAAAUGUAUCUUCUCUAGAGGACUGCGCAAAUCUGGCUCGAGAACUAAAAGGUCUUGCCAUAAACUUUGCACCAGGAGCUCCCAAAAGGAGUAGUAACAUUUUUGAGGCCAGGCCAUUUAAAAACGAGACCGAAAAGCAGAAGCACAUACGAAGCCGGUUGACAGUUUUCGAGCAGCCGGGAGAGUUUUUUAACUGCCAUGUGCUACAGUGCCCGCAAAAUACAAGCUUCUCUGGAAUGGUUAAUGACAGUCGCUUUGAUUACUACAGCUUAUAUGGCAGGCCAACAGUUCUUCAAAACUACAGUUGCGUGCCAGAGGUUGGCCUAUUUGUGGUAUAUACCCAACCCAGCAGUUAUCUAAACGCUUCUUUAAAGUGCACCAACUCCAGUGAAUUUACAGGCAGCCUUGCCCACAUUGCAUCCGAAUCUCGCACAUCAUCCUUGGCCCAAUGGUUACUGGACUUCAAUAAAAGGACUGCGAGCAGUGUCCAUGCAGAGCCAAACGUUUUUCUCGCCUAUGUUGGUCUGGCUUAUAACCGCUCUACUUCACUUAAUCCUCUUGACUUUAGAAACUCUCAGCAGGAGAGUCUAAACUGCUUCUUGUAUAGAGCCUGGGCUGUAAACCAUCCACGAAUUGGCUCAGAACUCACUAAUGCCAGCUGCGUGGCCCUGACGCCCGAAGGCACUUGGCAAACGCUUCAUUGCGACCGGGAACUGCCUUUUAUAUGCGAAGUCCAUACGGCAAAGACGUCUCAUGAAUUGGACCAACCUGAUUCCGAGGUGGACAUCGGAAAAAAUGCAGUGCUAGAGUGUGACAACUAUUGA